AUGUCGCACAAGCAAGACGUCGCGACGCAGACGCUCCCAAACCACACAGUCGAACGAAUUUCGACAAUUUCACUAACCUCCGACAGUCUAAAGCCUCCAAAUACCGCUUCUUCUUCUUCUUCACAACCACGGAGUUUUUACAUACUUAAAGUCACUUGCAUACAACAAAUUCAAUAUAACGUUCAAUUACCUCCUAAAGUGCAAAAACUCUGCGAAAGUGACAUUGACAAAAUGGAGGUGACCAUAAUUGAUGGUAAAUUGUUUAGUCUUAAUUCGAAAAAAGAAAAUCUCAUUUUAAAGAGAAUGUGUCGUUCUGAGAUAUGGAAAAAAUUUGGAUUCUCGAAUAUUUCACCGAUCGUCGAACAAAAAAGGCAAUACAAUAAACGCUAUUGGGUUUUUGCAUUUGAAAAUUGCUGCGUUCCACAUGCUUCUGACCGACGACCUUUUGGAACUCUAUCUCAAUUGACUUUUGCUUUUAAUUGGGUGGCAACGGAUAUCCUUGUUGAUUCGAUGAAUCGAUUAUCAUUACGCAAAAAAUUGGAGAGUAAGAAACGAGAGUUUGCUGCAUUGGAAAUAAUGGCGAUAGAUAUUGCGUUCCGAAGUUUAAUGCGGAAUCUGUUGGUUGAAAGAUAUCCAUUAAUUUUUUCCCCGACCUAUCAAACCAAGUUAGAAACAAUCACAAAAUAUAUUCCCGAUAUUUCGAAUUCCCUUACCAAUAUAAUUCAAAAUAGUCCAAACGCUGAAUUUCAGUCAAAAACGGCCGAAUAUAUCGAGGAAAUCCGAAAUAACCUCGAUUUGUCAUUAUCCACAACUGACACGCAAAUAUCGAUAAAGGAUCUCUUGGGUGAUGCAUUAUAUACAGCCGCUAAUAAUUUAAAAGUACCAACCGUAUUAUUUCGUGAGUCUUCAAGCGAGGAGGAAGUAUCAAAUGAUGAUUACGAAUUGGCUGUAAAGGAGAAUAGCCACCAAACCCUCGAAUUGAGAUCGACAAAAAUCGCAGAACCUCAAACUUCAUCCUCUAAAGAUGAAAUUAUAGAGAUUGUUGAAGUGCUAUCAAGUAGUUUUCAAAACGAGUCUGAUGAUGAGGAAUUUAAUGAUUUAUUUGGGAAUGAAUCGAGCCAGGAAAUCAUUAAAGAAAAUAACGAUAAUGAAUCGAUUUUCGAUUUUAUUGGUUCGCCCGGAAUACUUAACAUGAAAGAAAAUGAAGGAUGCCAAACAAGAGAAAAUAUGGACCAUAAUUUUUGGUCAUCACGACAAUUUUCAGAUAAGGAACACGAAAUUAAUUGUACAAGCUUUGACGAUUUUGAAGAUAUCUUUAGCUCAGAUGAAGAAAAAUCAAUACGGUCAACUACACCUUCUCCUUUGUUGUCGACGAAUUAUAUUAUCACCGAUACCUCAUCAUGCCUUGGAUUAUCAGAACAAUCGACUACUUCUACUAAUAGUGCAUUUCAAAGAGCUGUGAGUGUAUUGAUGGAUAGAACAGAGUAUUAUCAUAAUCAGUGUGUGCAGCAACAGGAACAACCACUGCCCACAGCAGAAGACGACUUCUUUGAGAGCAUGUUUGACGAAUGA